CACAAUGCCGUGCGGCAUAAGGCGGAAGCAAUGUCUCAAAGAGGAGGAAGUAAGCGGCCAGACCGGGUGACGUGUCCGGUACCUACAGACAUGGCUGCUCAGGGAGAGGUAGACGAGCUUUUUGACGUGAAAAAUAAUUUCUAUAUCGGCAGCUACCAACAGAGCAUCAACGAGGCACAGAGGGUGAAGGUAAGGAAGGAGUGACAGACAUGGCAGGUGGGGGGCAGCAUACUGACUGAGUGAACGACUGCCAUAGUACAGGGCUGUGAUAUGGGGAGGCAGAAGGUACCUGAUUUCACAUAAUAAAAGGGAGAGUGAACAAUUAUCAAACAGUAUCAGGGUUAUUCACUGAAGGGAGAACUCAAAGUUAAAGGAGCACUAUAGUGCCAGGAAAAACAAACUCGUUUUCCUGGCAUUAUAGGGUCAUUUGGUCCCCCCCCCUCCCGCCGGGCUGGGCUGAAUGGCUUAAAACACCUUCAGCCACUUACCUUUUUCCAGCGCCUAGGCUCCCUCGGCGCUGGGGAACUCUCCGCCCCCUGCCGACGUCAGAUCUGAAUGUGCAUGCGCGGCAAGAGCUGCAGCGUUUAAACAGCCCAGAUAAAAAGCAUUACUCAAUGCUUUCCUAUGGACGUCCAGUGUCUUCUCACUGUGAUUUUCACAGUAAGAAUCGCGGAAGCGGACUCUAGCGGCUGUCAGUGAGACAGCCUCUUGAGACUGGAUUAACCCUCAGUGUAAACCUAGCAGUUUCAGCUGCAGGGUUAAAACUAGAGGGACCUGGCACCCAGACCACUUCAUUGAGCUGAAGUGGUCUGGGUGUCUAUAGUGGUCCUUUAAUUUAAAGACCAUGUUUACAUUACUGCUUAGUAACACCUCCAGUGACAGUCACUCAGACGGCUACUAAAGGUGCUUCCUGGGUCAGAGGUGCACAGUGUGCAUCACUUUUGUUCAGUUUCUCCACGCUGUGCAUGGAGGAGUUAAACACUUCCCACAGAGAUGCAUGCAUUCAAGACAUCUUUAUGAAAAGAUGCUGAUUAGCGCAGUACAGCAGAUUGCUGCGCAUGUGGAACAGCCUUACAAUGCUUUCCUAUGGUAAAAGCGGGGUGGCACUGGAAUAAAGCUGAGUAAAUAGUGUUUUCAUAGUUAUAGUGGCAGGAAUAGAUUUUGUAUUCCUGAUAUUGGUGUUUCUUAACAUCGAUAAGUGGUGAGUUUGACAAUUAAGUUGAAAAUUCUGCUAAAUUGUGCAGUUUGGUAGCUUUCUGCAACUCGCCAUAUAUUUUGGAGAAAAAUUGACAAAAGACUUUUGAAAUAAUGUUUGGAUGUGUUGAACGGAUGCGCAGCAUUGCAUAAUUAAUCAUAUCUACACAUUACUUAUCUGUUAUAUCUUACAGCCUUCAAGUCCAGAAAAAGAAGUAGAAAGGGAUGUAUUCCUAUACAGAGCAUACAUCGCUCAGGUUAGUUAUAAUUUGAUUUAACUGUGGAUUAUAUCUUUUGCACAAUAUUAUAUUCUCUCCCAUUGACCCUGGUAACAAUUUUCUACAUUUAGUUACAUGUUACAUCUGUGUGGGUUUUUUUCCAUUUUAAAUACUCAUUUAUCUAUCAUAUACAUUUUUAUUUUCCCACUCUAUUUUAGAGGAAAUAUGGCGUAGUUCUGGAUGAAAUCCGUUCCAAUGCCAACUCAGAAUUGCAGGCUGUCCGAAUGUUUGCUGAUUAUCUCUCCAGUGAAAAUCGAAGGUAUGCAUCUCUUAAAUUUAACAGAAGAGUAAUAAACAGAUGCUCUUCAGCAUUUAUUUGCAUCUGUGACUAUCUUCUACUUUUAUCUAGCUUCGAACCUUAAAGGGACGCUUCAGGCACCCAGACCACUUCUGCUCAUUGGAGUGGUCUGGGUGACAACUCCCACUAUCCUUAACCCUGCAACUGUAAAUAUUGCAGUUUUCUUAAACUGCAAUAUUUACAUUGCAGGGUUAACUCCUCCUAGUGGCUGUCUACUAGACAGCCACUAGAGGGCACUUCCUGGUUUAUAGCACAGGUUUUCUGUGCUAUAGCGUCGCUGGACGUCCUCACACUAUGUGAGGACCUCCAGCAUCGCUAAAAUCCCCAUAGGAAAGCAUUGAAAGUAUUUUCAAUGCUUUCCUAUGGAGAGGUCUAAUGCAUGUGCGCGGCAUUGCCGCACAUGCGCAAUAGGUCUCCCCCGCCGGCGGCCGUGCAUGUGCAAUCGGUUUCCCCCGCCGGAUGAUGUCAGCGGGGGAGGAGUGUGGGCGGACCCUAAACCAGCGCGGAGGGACAUCGGCGCUGGUCUUAGGUAAGUCAGUGAAGGGGCUCUAACCCCUUUAGCAACAUGAGAUGGGGGGUGGGAGGCAGAGGGGACAUCCAGUACCAGGAAAACUAUUUAUUUUCCUUGCACUGGAGUGUUCCUUUAAAGUUCAACCAUCAUGACAGUUUCACUUUUCUGCUUUGCACUUAUUUAUGAAGGUCAUACAUAACAUAUCGUAAAGGUAAAUUAUAUUUUGCAUUGAAGUACCCGGCUUGUCCUACCAACAUCAUAAUUACUGAUGCUCUCAGCAAGUACAGUGCUUUCGUAAGGAACCUUUGGGGAAGGGGGCUACUGAGCAUGUGCGGCAAUUGCCACACUGUGCCAGUCAGCAUCUCCUCAUAGAGAUACAUUAACUCAAUCCAUCUGUAUGGGGAGCAUUCAACGUCUUUUGCAGAAGACUGAUCCUGCAAAGAUGGCAGUUCCACAGCAGGAAGUGCCUUAAGUGACAUGAAUGACAGCCACUAGAGUGUUCUUAGCGACAAAUGUAAACAGUGCCUUUUCUCAUAAAAUGCAGUGUUUUCAAUUGUGAAACUGCAGGGACAGUUCAUUUGCACUAUAACUACUAAAGUGUCCUGUAGUGGUUAUGGUGCCGCCUCUCUAUAUUAAGUCGUCAAACCAUUUUAGAAUAGUUUGAUUCUUACCAGGUGUCACUUCCUGCCUGUACUACUUAAAUCAGGGAGCUGAAAGCUCUCUGCCUGGCAAUUCAGGGCCUAGGCCACUGGCUGAGAGCGAGCAACUGGCAAUCUCAGCCAAUGAGAUAGUCUUGCACAGGAGAGCUAACCAAAGCUCCUGCCCAGGAACUUCUGGCUUUCUGGUGGAAGCAGUGCAGGUGGCAAACAGCACUGGCUGAUUCCAAGUAAUAAGCAAAACCACUUGCCUUAAAGGACCACUAUAGUGCCAGGAAAACAUACUCGUUUUCCUGGCACUAUAGUACCCUGAUUGUGCCCCCACCCUCAGGGUCCUCCUCCCGCCCGGCUCUGGAAAGGGGUGAAAACUUACCUUUUUCCAGCGCUGGGCGAAGAGCUCUCCUCCUCCGAUCCUCCUCUUCUCCUCCCAUGCAGCUGAAUGCGCACGCGCGGCAAGAGCUGCGCGCGCAUUCAGCCGGUCACAUAGGAAAGCAUUCAUAAUGCUUUCCUAUGGACGCUGGCGUGCUCUCACUGUGAAAAUCACAGUGAGAAGCACGCAAGCGCCUCUAGUAGCUGUCAAUGAGACAGCCACUAGAGGAAAUAGGGGAAGGCUUAACCCAUUCACAAACAUAGCAGUUUCUCUGAAACUGCUAUGUUUAUGAAAAAAUGGGUUAAUCCUAUCUGGACCUGGCACCCAGACCACUUCAUUAAGCUGAAGUGGUCUGGGUGCCUGGAGUGGUCCUUUAACUGCUACUAUGCCCUGUUUUAGUUUUGGUGCGUGGAUUGUUCCAUUAAUUUUAUAUCAUGGUGAUUUUUUUUAUUUUAUAGAAGAAAUCUGCAGUGAACAGAAAAUGCCAAAACAUACAUGACUUUCCUAUCCUUCCGUUUACACGGGCCAUUAUUGCAUAACCCAGUUUUUAACCAAUUAUUGUUAUUUUUAAGUAAUGCAUGUAUCAAGGCUAUUGCUUAUUAAUUAUUUUAUCCUAGAAGGUUAUGUAAGACUAGUUUUUUGGGAGAUAGAUGCAUCAGAAACGGGUUGAUGACUCUAAUCCUAUAUGGUGGCUGGAGGGACGUUUCUGAGGAAAAUUUGUGUUAAGGAGUUGGAAUCCUGCAGUCUUCUUUUGUUUCUGCAGUCCCCAUGCAGAUUGAGUUCUAUAAGCAUAAUUAUGCUUGUUUUGGUUUGAAUGAAUCAAAUAGGAGCUUGCUCCCGAGAAAUGCAAACUCCGUUGAACAUCCAUCCACUUUAAAUGUAAAUUAAAAUCUAUGGAUAGCAAUUUUACUUGGUACAAAGGCUAAUUAUGAUCCACACAAGAACACCACAGUGCGUGUAAAUAGCUCUACGCUAUACAAUGUAACAAGUACCUCAGCAGCCUAAGCCCUAGAGGGAUUGCUUGUGCUACUAAAAUAAGAUCGAGAACCACAAAUCUGUCCCUAACCUCCGCCAACAGUACAGCUAAUGUGUCCUCUGUUAACUACAAAUGGCAACCUACAUACUGUCUCAGACAAACACUCUAAGCACUGGGUUGUUGCUCCGCCCCCUCCAACAUCACCCCACAUGGGGUGCGCAUGUGCGGCCAAAGCCGCAAGUGCAUUAGGCCUUCCCUACAGGAAAGCAUUGUUGCAAUGCUUUCCUAUGGGGAAUUAACUGUUGCUAGAUGUCCUCUGGAAGAGCGUGAGUAUGUCCAGCAUCAGUAAUGCGAACAAAAGUCGCCUAACCACCAGGAAGUGCCUCUAGUGGCUGACAACCACUAGAGGCAGUAUUAACCCUGCAAGGUAAUUAUUGCAGUUUCUCCAAAACUUUAAUAAUUACCAUUUCAAGGUUAAGGGGACAGAGACGGUGCACCCAGACCAGUUUAAUGAGAUGAAGUGGCCUGGCUGCCUGUAGCCUCCCUUUUAACAACCCUGCAAUACACAAGUGCUGGUAAGAGUUAUUGAAGGACAUACAAAAAGCAAAUAUUUUGGGUCUUUUAAUUUUUGAAAAUAUUUUAACCAAAUGUGGGCUUGAAGUAGUGAGUAGCUUGUAGGCUUGUCUAGUAGCAUAUGAAUUAAACUUCUGAGCGCUUUAUGUACAUACAUACACACAUGAUUACUAGGAAUGUGUAAAUAAUUGUUUUAAGACUCUCCAGGUAACUAUCAGACAGACUGAUUCAUCCAUAUGUGGAUUAAAAUGCAUUUCAUUUGUCCAGGAUGCACAGAACAAAUAUUUGCCUAAUAAAAACCGAUUAUGUGACUUAACCACAUAUGUCCCAUGUGUGAUUAAUGGAUAACUGAAAAGCCAGAAAUAAACAUAUUAAUAGUAUGGUAGACUACGGCCUUUAUGUUAAUCUUAAAUUAUGCUUUACAGAGAUGCUAUUGUCGCAGAGCUGGACAAAAAAAUGUCAAAAAGCGUUGACAUUACCAACACAACAUUCCUGCUGAUGGCAGCUUCAAUUUAUUUCCAUGAUGGCAAUACGGAUGCGGCUCUACGAGCACUUCACCAAGGAGACAGUUUAGAAUGGUAUGUCCAGUUUCUUUUGUUUGCAUAGUAAACGUAUGCUAAAGUUCUUUGUUUGUUUAGAUAUUUUGUUCAUACCCCCUUAGUGGUCCUCUCCUCUCCAUUUCCUUUAAUGGUCCUUCUUUACCCUCCCUUGUGUGUCUCCUUACCGCUCUUUGAAGCAUGGCCGAGAGGCGUGCACCGCGAUGCUGUAGCUUCUAUGUCCUGUAUCCAGUCUGACAGGAAGUGAUCUCUCAGUGAGCACUUCCUGUUAGUCUGGCCGGGUACAUGAAUCAGAAGCUUCUGUAAAACGGUCCGUGACGAAAUUCUGUUCACCAGGUGUGAAAUUCUACUCACCAGGGUUAAAUUUUCAAAUGCUGAUGGCGAGUGUAAAUUUUGAGCCCUGGUUUUAUCAGUAGGUCAUGUUAAACUUUUGAUAAUGUUUUAGGAACAUUAAAAAUACUCUCAAUUGUUAGCAGGGUUAUUCACUAAAUCUUUACUUACUGGGCACUCAGUUGCUACUUUUUAGUUAAAGUGAGCAGCCCCUGUCUGCUCACUAUUUAAAAGAUAUUUCCCCAAGUGCAGCAUGAUGCGUAGGGCAUAACAUCUUUUAUGAUAAUAUGGGGAUCAUGUUGACCACAUAAACUUUUUUUAUUAUUAUUUAUCUAUUUAUUUUUGACUUUGUAAUGUGGGGGCUGGCUAACAAGCACUGGUCUGAAAUCACAUAAUUAACCCUUGUUAUUUAUGAACAAGUUUAUUAACCCUUGUUUAUUUUUUGUUGAUUUUUUUUAAAACUAUUUACCUGCGGACUGUGAGCUGGUAAAUAGUAAUUCAAACUGUCGUACAUAGAAUCCUAUACUUUGUAUAGGGUUAGGAGACAAAAAACACUAAUUUUUAAGCAGAUGGGUGCAUAUUCUGCUGUUGAUCAAAUUCUGACCGAAAUUGGCUUUAGUAAAUAUGAGAUUUACCAUUCUGUCAGAAUUUGUCAAUUUUCACAGAAUUUUUUCUUCUGUUGCAUUAUUAACCCUGUAAUUUUCAAUACGUUUUGAAGAGCUUAUUUGCAGUAACGAUCUCACAUCACAAAGCGUAGUAGUAUUAUAGUAUAAGCCAACCUCUUACAGCCCAUAUACUACAUGCUCAUGUUGAAAAAAAGUAGGUAUGUAGAAUAGAUGGAAUAUAUCUGCCUGAGAUGUAUUUCUUUGUAUUGCUGUUUCUCAUAUUUGUGUUAUUCAUAAAGGCUAGAUCGAUGACAGUGAUGAUGGCUGUCCCUCUAUAGGUCUCCUCUCCACACAUGAUCUCUGGAGGUCACCCAAAAUGACCACUGGAGUCUCAGCCACCUUUAUUAUAAUUCUUUUCUCCUCAGAUUGCUAAAUCUGGUCGGGCGACAUGCUCUAGGAAGAGUGCUUAUUGCGCCAAACUUCUUCCAUUUAAGAAUUGUGGAGGCCACUGUGCUCUUGGGAACCUUCAAUGCAGCCUAACCGCUCUGCAGACAGUUCCUGUGACCUCAUGGCUCGUGCUUUUUGCUCUGAUAAGCAUUUACUGCUGUGAGACCUUAUGUAGACAGCCAUGGGCAUUUCCAAAUCAGUAGAAUUGGCAACAGGUGGACUCCAAUCAAAGUACAGAAACAUUUCAAAGAUGAUUCCGAGAAAUAGGAUAUAUCUAAGCUAAAUUUCAAGUGUUGGAGCAAAGGGUGAAUAUUCAUGUCAAUGUGAUAUGAGUUUUUUUCAUUGUAGUACAAUUGCCAAGUUUUUUUUUUUUGUUUUUUUUUUCUAAAAAAAUAAAUCUGGUGUAUGCUUUUGUCAUUAUGGAGUUUUGAGAGUAAAUGUUGUGUGUAUGUAUAUAUGUGUGUGUGUGUGUGUGUAUGUAUAUAUAUAUAUAUAUAUAUAUAUAUAUAUAUAUAUAUAUAUAUAUAUAUAUAUAUAUAUAUAUAUAUAUAUAUAUAUAUUUGGUUUUUGGUUUUUUUUAACAAUUGUAGCAAGGUUGCAUGAUUUAAAAAAAAAUUUAAAGUGUGAAGGGGUUUGAAUACUACUUGAAUACACUGCAUAAAGCUAUGUAUAUCACAUUUUAUUCUGAGUUGUCCGGCCCAUCUCCUAAUGUUGGACAUGCUUAUGUCACAGUGACAGCAUAUGUAAGCUGUAAUUUUCAUCUUAAAAUAUGUAAUACUGUCCGUUUCAUUAUGAUGAAGUAGAUGUUGGAUCUGGUUUGUUUGUUUUUUGGACUAAUUAUUAACUAUAUGUCUAAAGUUUGUAUUUAUAUUUUAUAUUUGUGUUCUUUUACAGCAUGGCCACAAAAAUCCAAAUACUGCUGAAACUUGAUAGGCUUGACUUAGCCAGGUAAUAAUUUAUAGCUGGUCUAUCUACUUGAACACAACAUAUAUAAAAAGUUUAAGGCAGAAUUCAGAAAUGCCAAUUAAUACUUGACAUUGAAGAACAAAAACAAACUACAAAAGGAUACAUACAGACAAAUCUGAAUUCAAAAUUAUUUUGAUAGGCAAGAAUCUAAUGUUGUCCUUGAUCAUUAACGGUUAUCAUUAAUUGAAUAUAUACAAAAUGUAAUUCACCAAAACAAGAGUAGGUUAUGCCAUAGUAGUAGCUUCAAUUAUCAGAUUAAAUGUGUGAAAUAUUUUCGCAAACUGAUAGCCGUCAUACCACAAUUUCUAUUAGUUUACACCCAGCAUGGUUCACUGUGUAGUGAACAGGGCUGUGCACAGUGAUUACCAGAGCCACUUACCGCACGUGGAAGAAAUAGAACUCAAUCCAAGUUGUAAAAAAAAAUGGACAUAAUUAACAGAGCAAAUAUGAGCAUCUCAUUCGCCUGAUCAACAACGGAGCACUAGUACAGGAUAGUCUCUGAAUUAUUAUAAACCUUGUAAUUUAUGUUUCUUAUACUAUUAUACUACUGUUUUACUGUGCAAUGAUAAACCAAACAUUUUAUAGAUACUUACUAAAUAUAAAGUAUAAUAAAAGGUACAGCGUAAAUACACAGUGUCCCUAUAAAACAACUCUCUGCAUAAUAAUAGGAAUCCACUUGUGAGCAACUGGGAGGAAAAAAUAGCUAAAAAAAGAACAAAAUGACAGUUGCCUUUCUUAUAUCAACCUCUUGUCUUUACACCCUUUUCUUAUCACUAUACUGAACAUUGGGUGGGUGUAUUAUUAUUAUAGAUUUUGUGUCUGCAAAUUACACACAGUAUUCACAUAAAAGGACUCACUCCAUUUAUUUUUCAUCCUACCAGAAAGGAAUUGAAGAAAAUGGUGGAUUUGGAUGAAGAUGCAACACUAACACAGCUGGCAACAGCUUGGGUCAACAUUGCCACAGUAAGCAUUACCAAGCUAACUGAGAACAAAUUUUAGAUAAUCAGGUCAGGGCUGUCUGUCAAAUUGAAUUAUCAGCUGUUGCUACUAACAUUUUGCUACUUAAAGGGAUACUAUAGUGAUGGGAAUACAAAGACACUAGAGGUUGGCUUAGUCCUGCAAUGUAAACAUUGCAGUUUUUCUAAAACUGCACUGUUUUACAUUGCAAUACUAAGGGUUGCAAAAGCCUGUCCCUACACAUAUCUUCAAAAAAAACAUUUUAACAUUUGCAUUGUUUGGAGCUUUGGUAACUGGCACUUGAUACUAGUGAGGUGGUAGUAGUAUCUGAUCAGUUACUAUUCCAAACUGGUCUACCUACUUAUUGCCAGCCAACCUGCAAAAUUCUAUCCGCUACUUUUAGUUGUCGUCUUUGAAGCUUGUGCCAAGAAAUUUGAAUCUCUUCUGAAAUGUACUUGAAUGGUUGAAGCCAAUUCCUUUAUUUGUUAUGGCCUUUGCUCCAUUGCAUAUCAAAUGGCUGGAAAUCCAAUUCCAAUUUUCCAAGAUAGUCUGAAAAUCCAUUAAUAUUUUAUGUUCACAGAUGCUCCAAGAUGUCUCCUGCAGUUUGACCAUUUUACCAGUAUUCUGUGUCUCAUUCCGUUCAUAUUAUUAUAUGUUUGUCAGCUUCUCUUCUAUCCUUUACCAGGGUGGAGACAAGUUGCAAGAUGCUUUUUACAUCUUCCAAGAGAUGUCAGAAAAAUACUCCUCUACCCUACUUUUGCUGAAUGGACAGGCAACUUGUUAUAUGGGUCAAGGCAAGUGGGAGGAUGCAGAAGGCGUCCUGCAAGAAGCUUUGGACAAGGUAUGACCUUUUACAUUCUUAGUUUGUCUGUCUAAAUGUAUGUGUUUAUUGGCCAUUCACUUAAUGAAAUGUGUAAUAAAUGUUUAGUCAACAUUCGUAUUGAUUAAAGGGAACCUAUAGGCACCAAAACAACAUUCGCUUAAUGAUGCAGUUUUCAUGGACAGAUCAUGCACUUGCAGUCUCACUACUCAAUUAUAUGCCAUUUAGGAGUUAAAUCACAUUGUUUACAGUCCUAGUCAUUCCUCGCCUGCCUGCAACUUGCACAGCCUUUCUAAAUACUUCCUGUAAAGAGAGAACUAAUGUUUAAACUUCCUUUAUCACACAGCCUGUUUAAUUUAGAAUGUAUUUCCUUCUGUAUUAAUACCCUACUGUAGCCUUGUGUGUGAUUAGAGUUCAAUUUGCAGAGUAGGAGGGGAAACACCUCAUACUUCUGUUUCUUAAUGUAUUUGCCAACCAAGACUACUGUGCUAGGAAAUGCAAAUGUAAAGUAGCAGAGUAAGCUACAGAACAUUUCUAUUUAUGGUGUAACCCACAAUUUACUUUUGGUGAGCUACUUAUUCUCUGAAAUCUACUGUAAGGUGCAUCCAUAUUGUGCAUUUGCUCCACUGAGCUAACCAUCCAGGUCGUGGCAGGACUGGUUGUCUUACAGCCACAGUUAAUUUUUAAAAGUGACAAUUUCUUUUAAAAUCUGUACUUUAUGUAAAAUGAUAAAAAGAGAACACACUCUUUACACAUAAAGCACUUCAUGAAGCUGAAGUGUUUUAGGGGUUAGGAGUGCCCCUUUAAUGCAACUAAUAUGUAGUAAUAUUUCUUUCCCAUACAGGAUAGCAACCAUCCAGAAACUCUGAUCAACUUUAUCAUCCUUACUCAGCAUGUUGGUAAACCUCCAGAGGUAAGACUGUGCAUAUUAAACAUAUAAAAUUGCAUUAUUUUAAGAUAAGAAAAAAAACUACUGUAUUUUAUGUGUCUGAAAGGGUGGGCGGUAACUCAUAUAUGACCGUGCUUUGAUUCUAGGCGUUCAGAAAUUAUAUCCGCGCCGUUAUCUUUAUUUUUUCCCCUUUAUUAUCUAUUUCGUUUUCCACUCAUUUUGCCAAAUCUGUGCUAGACAUGAUUGAGCUAAUUUCGUAAGGCCUCUGUUUUUCUUUUUUUUUUUUUUUUAAUUAUCAUUCUAUAAAAGUAGAAGGAGGUAUAUUGCUUAGUAAAUCUUAAGUUUUAAAAGAAAAAUGUAAAAACACGUUUUGGAUGUGACAUUUAGUUCUGGAUUAUUAUAUCUAGCCACCAGUGAAGUGCUUAUGAGAAAUAAGGUGCUGCUGAAGUUGCCAGCUAAAAUAAAACAAAAUGUUUUAUAUGCCUGCUGAAAACCUAUUUAUCUUUUGGUUAUACAAUGUAAACAACCUGCAUGUGAGUAUAAUAUAUAAGGCUUACUAGCAUUAAAUGUAGGUCAGUACUCAUAUACAAUAGGUUUGCAGAAGAUGCAAUAGAUGACAAAUCAAGCUGAAAUGUGGGCGAUACAGUAAUGCUAAUCUAAUCUUUUACAUUAAAUAUAUUGUCUGAUAUUUUCACUGCUUCAGUUAAUAUUAUUAUUGCCAUUUAUAUAGCGCCAACUGAUUCCGUAGUGCUUUACAAUAUUAUGAGAUGGGGGAUUUAACUAUAAAUAGGACAAUUACAAGAAAGCAAGAACGAUAGGUUGACGGGGACCCUGCUCAAACGAGCUUACAGUCUAUAGGAGGUGGGGUAUAAAACACAUUGGGGGCGGAGCCUGAACGCUGAAGAGAACGGCCGCAAGAGAGAUUAGCUCAGAGCCCUAAACGAAGUUAAAACUACAUAAAACAACCCCCUCUUACACCCGGACCAACGGAAUCCACCCUGAGCACGUAUGGGGCGAAGGGGGGAAAAAAUUAGCCCACACAAGCCCACGUCGGGACUUACGAUAGGAGAAAUGUGGAGGCAGGCCCGGGGCACCAGCGAGUCAAACAUGGCGGCGCUGCAUGGCGAAUGUUGGGACUUCUCCAAGGAGCUAUCCGACGACAUGGAGGAAGACCACACACAGACUCCCAACCCUAAGCAAAAGGUAAAACAACGGGGAGCCGGGACAGACUCAAAGCCAGUCACCACAGCAGUCCUCAACUCUGCUGGCAGACCUGCAGAAACACAUCCACGAGGAUGUCACAGCGCUCCGCACGGACAUACAAGGCCUGACAGGCCGCAUCGCCACUCUGGAGGGAGCCUCACAGGUCCAGGACAUAAUCGCACUGCAGCACUCCAUACAGGAGCUGCAACAGCAGAACCAGCAACUCGAACAUCGCAUGGCAGUGCAGGAAGACUCCAGGCGGCAAAACAAUAUCAAGAUCAGGGGAGUCGCUGAGGGAAUAUCGGAGGCUGGCCUGCCAAAAGUCAUGGGGCGCCUACUGCCAGUGAUUCUGACAAACAAUCAAACCAUAAUACCUGCCUCAGAGGAGGUCUUCAGGGUCCCUAAACCUGCUAAUGUUCCAGCCGCAGCCUCAAGAGAUGUGAUAAUCACUCUCCGCAAACGUAAAGAAAAAGCAACAAUUCUCGCAGCCCUACGGGGAAGAACCCCCGCUUCGCUUUGAGGCCAUGAACCUGAUGUUCUACCCGGACCUAUCUGGAGGCACCCUGGCCUGGCGUAGGUCACUCAAGCCGAUCACCUCCGUGCUCCAGUCCCACAACAUCGAGUACCGCUGGCGAUCUCCAAGGGCACUGACGGUGAAACAAGGGACGACCACGCAUAUCAUCCAGGACAUGCACGAAGCACAGGCCUUACUGCAGACUCUGGGCCUGCCACACGAAUCCCUCACCCAGGUGGAGCUAACCAACAAUACUCCUUCAACCCAUACCUGGACACUGGGCAAGGCUACAUCAUUCAUUCCCCGAGACUCCACGCCGAUUACAUACGCGGUGGUCACCUCUUAGGAGCGACACCACACACGCCCCCCGGGGGGAAUCUGACACAACGCCGGACACUGGAAAGGUAAUAAAAACAAAGUAGCCGAGACCACCCACAGUACCCCACAUCUGCCCGACAAACCAUCCGACUAACCUCAACAGUAACAGACGGCUAACGCUGACCCUAUGAUACCGAUGGCUACAGUUUUACCCUAUUCUUGACCACUACGGACCCUAUAGGGUCCAACGCAGGGAAACAACACGGGGACUAUAUUACUCUGGGACACCUUUACCCAUCUUCGGCUUCUCAAGAGCAUUGUACGCUCUAAAUUUACUGCCAGCCACUCACAAGAGACCCACUCCCACCACUCAAUUCUUACUACACUGGUUUUAUUAACCCUGAUGCAGCAGUUUAAAAUUAACAUACUUGUGAUAUAUUGUAAACAUGAUUUCAAACUUGUAUACCUUACUAUGACAUACUGCCUAGCCCCUCCAGCUGACACAAGUGUUUAGACAUCCACUAGCCAGUGAUAACCUAAGGCAGUCUGUAACCAUUCAUGUUUAACCUUUUCGUAGUUAAUCUGUUUAUGUGCAACACGCAAGUCAAACACCUUUUAAAAGGUGCAAAGUUAAAAAUGGCUGCUCGAUGUUUAGACUUUUCUUCUGAACGUGUGCUUCCUUAACACUCUCAUUGCUACUAGAUCUAAAAAUUAAUCAGACAUACGCCUUAUAUACGAGAUCCUCCAGGGACGGUAUGGCUCUGCCAAGGCAUUGCCUGACAGGGCCAUGUGCCCUCGAGCGAGGCACCCAUGUCCCCCUCAGGACUUACAGCCAUACCCAGCUUGCCGGUACCAAAAGAGGCAAUAUUAAUAUACAUAUGUCAAAGUUAAUUUUAUGCUUGAUCGAAUUUCAGCAGACUGCAUUUACUCAUCUAUUUAGUUCCCCUCAGUGACCUAACCGGAGCUAACUUACUGAUUAAUCUUUGUGUUUUAACUAGUUCACAUGUAUCAGAACCUCGUACAAAUUACUCACAGCAAGCUUAUUUCGAUAUGGGUACCUACAGUAUAAGUGUCAUUAAUAGACUAGAAAUGUUCUAACUAAACUUGCUAACCUGUUUCAUAGCGACAACCUAACCCUAAUAUGAUAAUGUUGUCCUAGCUUGAAAAAUAACUUAACGCACUCAACAUACUAUUAACCCUGAAGGUACCUAGGAAUGUCAUAUGAAUGCCUAGAAAGAAACAAAACUUGUUGUUGAACCCAAAACUAUAUUGAUAAUGGCUUGUUUACUCUGCCAUUACUUAUUUUAUUUUUAAAAAAUGUAUGCAAACUUAACAUUCCACACAACUGUUAUAACUAUGAUCAUUGCGCCUGUUGAUGCUGUUGUGGCGACACAGGCACUGUUGUACCUACCUGCAUACCAAAAAUAAAGAAUAAAAAAAAAACACAUUGCGACAGGAAAUAGCAAUCAGAUACGGGUGGAGUGAAGCAGAGCUGGAAAAGAGAGUAAAGUGCUGCCCUUUAAGAGAGAGCAAGAGACAGGUAUGUGAGGUAGAGAUUACUCUGGGAGGCCAUAAGUUUUCCUAAAGAGAUGGGUUUUAAGGCACGUCUUAAACGAUUGAAGACUAGGGGAGAGUCUGGCGGUAGGCAGGCUAUUUCAUAGGAAGGUAGCCGCCUGCGAGAAGUCCUGCAAGCGUGAGUUGGCUGUACGGGUGCGAGCAGCGGACAGGAGAAGGUCACGAGCAGAGCAGAGAGACCGAGAAGGGGCAUACCUAUGGAUCUGUGAAGAGCUAUAAGAGGGGCUGGAAUCGUUCAGUGCUUUAUAGGUAUGGGUUAGCACUUUAAAUUGACUCCUAUAGGAUACAGGAAGCCAAUGUAAGGACUGACAGAGGGGUGAGGUGUGAGUGGAAAAUAAGUCUGGCGGCAGCAUUCAUUACAGCAUUACAGACUGUAGUGGGGCAAUACGGCUUUUGGGAAGAUCAAUUAGGAGAGAGUUACAAUAAUUCAUACGGGAAACUACUAGAGCAUUGUCAAGCUCCUUGGUAGCAUCUUGCGUACAAAAGGGGUGGAUGCGGGCUAUGUUUUUUUUAAGAUGGAAUCUACAGGAUUUGGCAACAUUCUCGAUGUGAGUCCCAAAGGUGAGGCCAGAAUUAAGUAUGACGCCAAGACGCUUGCAAGGAUGGACUUACGUGGAUACCACUAACUUAAAGGGAGAGCGAAAGAGGAGGAUCAGUAUUAGGAAGAGGAAAGACAAGGAGCUCAGUUUUACAGAGAUUUUGUUUCAGAAAGCAGGAGGACAUCCAGUCAGAGAUGGAAGAAAGGCAAGCAGUGACAUGUUGCAGGACGGCAUGGGAGAGGUCUGGGGAGGAGAGCUAUAUCUGGGUGUCAUCAGCAUACAGGUAGUAGUGGAAUCCAAAUGAGGUAAUAAGUUUGCCAAGAGAGGCAGUAUAAAGAGAAAAUAGAAGGGGACCAAGGACAGAGCCUUGGGGGACUCUUACCGAGACAGGAGACCCUGAAUAAGCGUUGGGAGAGAUAAGAGGAAAGUCACAGAGACUGAGUGAUUGAUUGAAGAGUUUGAAGAAGGAGAGCAUGAUCAACGGUGUCAAAAGCAGCAGAGAGGUCAAGAUGAAUUAAUAUGGAGUAGUGGUCUUUGGAUUUAGCUGCAAUUAGGUCGUUAGUAACUUUGAUAAGAGCAGUCUCAGUAGAGUGGAGAGGCCAGAAGCCAGAUUGAAGAGGGUCAAGGAGAGAGUUGGAAUUGAGGAAGUGAGACAUACGGGUAAAGACAAGUCUUUCCAGAAGCUUUGGGGGAAAAGGGAGCAGGGAUGUAAGACAAUAGUUAGAGGGGGAGGACGGGUCAAGAGAUGUUUUUUCAGGAUAGGUACUACAGUGGCAUGUUUAAGGUCAGCAGGGACAACACCAGAAGAGAGAGAGCUGUUGAAGAUGUGUGUUAAGAAAGGCACAAGACAGGGGAAGCGAGAUCUGAUAAGGUGAGAUGGGACAGGUUCGAGCGGACAAGUGAUGGGGCGAGAGGAAAGGAGAAGCACAGCCACCUCUUCGGUAGCCGGGGAGAAAGUCUGAAGGGUAGAAAAGGCAUGAUCAACGUGUGGUUGAGAAAGAGAAUGGCAAGGUGGGGUGAAUUGUUUCCUUAGCUGUUCAAUCUUGUCGGUAAAGUAGCAUGCAAAGCUGUAAGGUUAGUUUGGGGGGUGACCACAGCAGGGUGAAGAAGAGAGUUAAAGGUGUCAUAGAGACGGCUGUGAUUGCAGGGGCACGAACUAAUGAUACAGGAAAAGUAUGACUGUUUGGCAAGGGCAAGGGCUGCAUUGUAUGAACACAAUAUGAAUCUAUAAUGGAGAUAGUUUGCCUAGGUGCUAAGCUUCCUCCAGGAGCGUACAGCACAAUGGGAGCAUCUUUGCAGGUAGUGUGUUGAUUUAGUAUGCCACGGUUGGGGUCGUGCCCUCCUCGAGGUGCAUGUUUGGAGCAGGGCUGCUGCGUUCAAGGCAGAGGUGCGUUUAUCACACAUAUAUCAAAGUAGCUGUUGAUUUCAAACAAUCGUGAUUCAACAGUAAAUGUUAAUGAAACAUAUUUUGGACAAUUCUGAAAUGGUAUUAUAUGUGGAGAUGGCCAGUGAGUGACAGGAGAGGGAAGGGAUGGAUAGCAGUUGUGAAUCAAUAUUAGCUAAUAGCUGCUUGAGGUCAAUAAAAUUAAAGUUCCUCCUGAGUUGAGGGUGGUUAGGCUGAGAAUGUUGGGUGAGGGGGUACUUGUGAGCAAAUGAUAAGAGCAUAAGAGAAAAUGAGGUUGAGGGUUUUGCCAUCUACAUGGAUGGGAGAAUUAGCCCACUGUGAUAGUCCAAGGGAGGUAAGUAAUUGAAAGUAGUUUAGAGGCUGCUGAGGUCAAAGGUGAGUUAAUGGGAAUAAUGAAGUCCCCGAGAAUUGGGGAUGGAAUAUUAAAAGAGAGGAAGUAGGGUAGCCAGGCAGCAAAGUGGUCAAGGAACUGGAGAGGGGAAACAGGGGGGCGAUAAAUAACAGCAAUGUUAGCAGAGAAGGGUUUGAAGAGGUGAAUUGAAUUCAUUUCAAAUGAUGGGAAGGGGGGUGGGUAGAUGUUUGAAUGAGCAGUGAGGUGAGAGGAGAAACCCUACACCACCAACUUUACAUUCAGAGUGUCGUGAAGUUGAAGACCACCAAAGGAUAAAGAUGCAGCGGUAGCAUUGUCAGAGGGGGGGGAGCCAUGUUUCUGUUAAGACUAGUAAAUCUAGGGAACGAGAGAUGAAGAGGUCGCGGACAGCAGUGGAUUUUGUAAUAUUGCAAACAAAGCGUGCAUUCCAGAGGGCAGUAUUGGAGGAGGAUUUAGAGGAAGAGUAACAUGAGAUUGGUGUGGUUCCUUGAGUUAGUACGUGGUGGGUUUGCCAAGAUGGGACUGGGGUUUGCAGAGACAUCACCAGCUGCUAGGAGCAGAAGGAUAAAAAUGAAGUGAAGGUGGAAGUAGGAUUUGAACAUUUUGUAGGUCAAAUUUUCACUACUCAUUUUUUAAACAUUUAUUUCAUUUUAUGAAAGUUAGUGAUAUUUUUUUAAAUUUAUGUAUAUUGAUUUAUUUUUUUUUUUUUCAAUUUGACAAUUUUUAUUUUCACAGAAUUCGGGGUACAGAAAGAAGAGGGGAAGUGAGGGGUUAACCACAUUGUACAGCAUUGUCAGUAACAUCAUACAUAUAUUGUAGUAUCAAUAUUGCUCCUGUGUGGUAGGAUGGCUGGGGGGGGCCGGGGGGGGGAGGGUGAGAGGGUUUGCCACCCGCAUUUACCCUGUUCAGAGGGUCCUGUAUAUCUUGUUGGGCAAUAGCGUCCUGAGUGUUCCCUGACUCGUUUCCUGUUGGUUUUUAGUUACUGUUCUCCCGGAGUGUGCCUAUGUUUGGCUGGUCUACCUCCCGCUACUGGUGAAUUGUGUCAGACACCUCCCCACUGCUCCUCCUAUUCCUUGGGUUAUGUCGUGGUAUUAUUUGCUAUGACUCUUGCUCGUCAGAGUUGGAUAUUGGGGGCCAACUCUUUUCUUGGGCCAUGGUGUGGCUCUAAACUGUUUUGGUGCCCCAUUAAGUAUAUCCGUGGUUGUUGUGGUUACGGGUGAGUUAUUUGGGGUGUGGUGAGGUAUGAACAUCUUUGUUCGCCUUCCAGUAUUCUUUCCAGACCAAGUUGGCUUUUGCCAUUGUUUUAUUUAGGCCUCUUUGUUGUACCAGCAUUGAUUCGUACUGCCAGUUGGUGUUGAUUUGGGUAAGGAGGGUACUGAAGUUCGGUGGUGUAGGUGAUUUCCAUGAUCUAGCUAUCACUAAUGCAGCUGAUAUUAAAAUGUGGUAUGUGACUGCCCAUUGAACCCUAGUUAAUUCUUCUGGCGGUAUGUAUAGGAGACACAUCUCUAUCGUGGGCUCUACGUUAGUGUUCGUUAUUUGUUGAAUGAGAUGUCCCACCUUGCGCCAGAAUGGUUGUAUGUUAUCACAGGACCACCAUGUGUGUAACAUCGUUCCCACCUGUUGCUUGCACCUCCAGCAUUGAUUCGUGAAGGAUUGUGGCCAUAUUUUAUGAAUCCUCUCUGGUACCAGGUACCAGCGAUAUAAAAUUUUCCUUUGGAGUUCUAAGUGGUUAGUGCAUGACGUGAUGCCUUUGUGUGAUGAGUAUGCUUUUGUCCAGUGUUCCUCACUGAUUGUGCGGUUCAGUUCUUUGUGCCAGGCAUGUUUGUACGUGGUUUUAAUGUUAGUCUGGGAAUGGAUCAAGGCUUUAUAGCACAGUGAUAACACUUUUUUGGGGGGUAAUGUGUUUGUGCAAAUUUUUUCAAAGGUAGAUAAUUUCUGGAGAAGUUCGUCGUGUAGUGUUUGGGGUCGGGUGUGUUGUAGGCAUGACUUAAGUUGCAGGUACGGAAACAGCAUCUUGCUGGGGAGGUUAUACAUGGUUUGUAGUUCCGGGAAUUGCAUGAAUUUCCCCCCAUCAUAUAGCUGUUCAAUGAGUUUAAUGUCAUGCUCUAACCAACUUUUUGGAUUUAGUGUUGGUAUGAUCCUGGACAGCACCUCCAUUGGAGUCGCUAGGGGUAUGGGUUGGUAGGCCGUCACUUUUUUCUGUACGGAGUCCCAUAUUUCUAGUAAUAAUUGGGAUGUGGGGAGUAGAUGCUGUGUCGUGUGUCUGCAGUGUUUCGGGGUCCAUAAGUAUGAAUAGAUUGUGGUAUGGUGGGCCCAAUAGGAUUCUACUUCCAGCCAUUGUGGUUGGUCUGGUCGUGGUAUAAGCUGUGAUAUUGUAUGGAGGAUUGCUGCAGUGUAAUAAGAUUGUAUGUCGGGGAACCCAAGACCGCCUUUAUUCACCUCUCUUUGUAUAAUCUUGGUGGCUAUUCUAAUCUUUUUGUUUUGCCACACGAAUCUGAGGAGUAAGUUUUGGGUCGUGAGAAAGAAGCUCUUGGGCAGUGGAAUUUGUAAAGUUCUAUAGAGAUAUUGGAGUUUAGGUAGGAGCGUCAUUUUUACUGCCGUUAUACGGCCUACCCAGGAUAUGUAUUUUCCUUCCCAGGUUUUUAGGGUGUCUUUAAAGUUCGAUAAAAUGCUCAAGUAAUUGAGCUUGAAAAGGUGUACCGGGUUUUUCGUGAUUUUGAGGCCUAGGAAUGUUAGGAAGUCUGUACGCCAGUCUAAUGGGAAUUUCUCCUUUAGUGUUUCCAUUUGUUGUUUGUGGAUAUUUAUCCCCAUAACCUGUGUUUUAGUUAAGUUGAGUUUGUAAUAGGAGAAUUUCCCGUAUUGUUCUAUGUGUUUCAUAAGGUUGGGCAGUGGAAUAAAUGGUUCUGUCAGUGUCAAAAAUAUGUCAUCAGCAAAUAUACUUAGUUUAUAUUCCUUGGUUCCCAGCGUGACUCCUUUUAUGGAGAUUUCAUCUCUAAUUUUGGCUGCUAGUGGUUCUAAUGCUAAGACAUAUAGCAUAGGCGACAGUGGGCAGCCUUGUCUCGUCCCGUUUGUGAUCUUAAAGGGUUCUGAGCAGAACCCGGCUGUCACGACUUUGGCUGUGGGCUUGUUGUAUAGGGCUCUAAUCACGUUGAUGAAUUGUUGUGGGAAUGAGAAUUUGUGUAGCACUGCCUGCAGAAAAGACCAACUAAGGCGAUCGAAGGCCUUCUCCGCGACCAAGGACACCAGAAGGCCCCCGAUUCCCCCCCCUCCUCAUGCUGUGCAACAGGUCCAGUACUUUGCGUGUGUUGUCUGAUCCCUGCCUUCCAGCUACGAAGCCCACCUGGUCUGUGUGGAUCAGGUGAGGUAGUAUGCGGCUCAGUCUUUGUGCAUGGACCUUGGCAUAUAUUUUAGCGUCGGUGUUGAGGAGUGAUAUCGGACGGAAGUUGGGGCAGUGAGUUGGUGGUUUGCCUGGUUUGGGGAGAGUAAUAACAUGUGCCGUGAGUAGUUCCUUGGGAAGUGUGCUAGUUUGGGUGGCAUAGUUAAAUAGUUGCGCAAGGUAAGGAGAUAAAAUGUGUUGGAAUUUCUGGUAGUACAGGUUAGUGAAGCCGUCGGGGCCCGGUGCUUCAUUUUUCGGCAGUGCUUUUAUCACAGCUCCUACCUCAUGUGUCGUCACGGGGGCUGUUAAUUCUGCCAUCUGGGAGGGUGAUAGUGUCGGUAGUUGUGUGUUUGCUAGAUAUGCAUGUAUAUCUUAAUCCCUUUGUUUUAAUUGGUCCGAGGUCUCUAAAUUAUAUAAUUUUUCGUAGUAGGAGGCGAAGGCGUUGCUUAUCUCCACCGGGGAGAUGAGUUUUUUGUUAUUCUGGUCUAUGAUGUAUUGUAUUCUGCUGUUAGUUGUUCUGCUUUUGAGUCUAGCUGCUAGUAAUUUGCUCGCUUUGUUGCCUUGUGUAUAUUGUUGUUGUUUAAGUCUAUGUAAGUUGUAGCUCACUCUUUGUAGUGUGUGUUCUUUAAUUUUGUCCUGUAAGUCCUUGAUUUGGGUGUGCAGUGAUACUGUCGGGGAUGUUUUGUGUUUGGUGGUGAGAUCCGACAGUUGAGUGUUCCAUGUUAUCCAUUGUGCCUGGGUGGCACGCUUGGUCCUUGCUGCUGUUUGAAUCAGCAAGCCUCUAAUGACUGGUUUGUGCGCCUGCCAUAUCAUGUCUAUGUUAGUGUGCUCUGUAUUGUUCACGUUAAAAUAUUGUGUGAUUUCUUCCUCUAGGUGUUGAAUGAUCGUCGGGUUGUGUAGUAGGGAUUCAUUAAGUCUCCAUGGGCUUUUGUGCUUGAAGUCGUAUUGGUCUUUGAUCGUUAGUGUUGUUGCUGCAUGGUCUGACCAGCUGAUUGUGUGGAUAUUGCAGUCUAGUAUCUGGUCUAGAUGUUGUCUGUGGGUAUGGAAUCUGUCUAUCCGCGUGUACGUUUUGUGCGGUGCAGAGUAGUACGUGUAGUCUUUUAACUGUGGAUGAAGUACUCUCCACGAAUCGUAUAGUUGAUGGUCCUCUAAUAGUUUCUGAUAUUUUGUGCACGCUUGAGUCUGUUUUGAUCUGGGUUUGGAGCUAAGUUGCGCUGUGGAAUCUAGCUUUGGGUCUGUAAUGUGAUUGAAAUCACCACAUAAGAUCAACAUGCCUUUCUGUAGUUGUGUUAUUUUAGUUAACAACUUGUGAAGGAAAUUUCUUUGGUCUGUAUUUGGUGCGUAGAUGGAGACUAUGGUGUAUAGGGUGUUAUUUAUGGUGCAUACUAAUAUUAUGUGUCUGCCCAAAGGGUCGAUAUAGGAGUCGUGGUGUGUGAAUGCGACUUUGUUGCUAAUGAGUAUUGACACUCCUUUGGAUUUGUGUCCUGUUGUGGCGUGGAAUUGGUGAGGGAAUAAGUCUAGUCUUAAGGUUGGGUUUGUUUUAAAAUGUGUUUCCUGGAGGCAUAUUAUCUCUGCUUGUUCUUGUUUCAAGUCCCUAAAGAGGCAGUGGCGCUUGUACGGGGUGUUUAGACCUUUUACGUUAUGUGAGUAUAUUUUCAUGUUGUGGUUUCAGUGGGUAAUAGCUGUCUGUCACUGGAGUUGUAUUUGUGUUGUGCUUCAGUGUAGCAUUCACCGGGAGACUAAACUUUAUAUUUGGCUUCCCCUUGGGCUCGGGAUUUCCUCGUUCAGGGUAUGGUUGUUCGUGGUCGUGGUUAUGGGCUGUCUUGAGUCGUUUGACUUUGGUGGCUAGGAUAGUGAAUAGCGGGGUAAGGGGGAGUAACUGGGAGAGAGCAUAUUGGUAGUCGUCACUACUAAUACCCAAAUUCGGGUGUGGCUACUAUUCCGCGUAGCCUCUAGGGGUCGUGGAGUGGGUUUGAACUUUGUACUACAACUGUUGGCUAGUCCUUCCGUGUCUGGAGACAAGAGGUGUGGUACCUAUAAAGUCCUAUAUGGUUCGGAGCCAAGAGCUCGACCAAUUCUUUAUACCCUAACCGUGUCCCGUCCUUGCCAUGCGUGCUUGAGGUUUCGUGUCUCAGUGUGUGUUAUCUCUGUACCUCAGGUUUGGUGGCAUCUCGAGUGUGGGACUAGUCUACACUCCCAAUUCCCGAUCUGCUUCUCCCAUCGUAGUUGUAUAGUGAGAUUGGCAUUGGUAGUCACAAGACCAAGUUUCAACAGUCAAACAUAUAACCAGUAACAUAUAACCUUCCUGCAACCGCACUUUGAAGGUUCGCUGACGUGGUUUGCUUUUCUACAUUUAUAUUCUGUAUCUUAACGUCGUAGCUUUCUAUAGCUUCAGCCUAUAUCUUCCCUUGCCCGACUAGUGGUGCUGCCUUAUGGGGUUAGACGUUGUCACCCUUGUUAUCUCAUUGCUAGGGUUGGACUCUGUGGCCCUCGUUUAGCCUAUAGCCCGUGCUGUGAAGCUGCCUCCCAGACCUCUGGGGUGUUCUUGUGCAGCCAGAUCUUCCCAGAAGGUAAUCUCCAGGCACUGUAGCAGUUAGCAGACUGCUUCGCCAAUCUCCUUCCAUCUAGCAGUAAUACUACUCUUACUGAUGUAACUAGCAGUCCUUUUUUUUUAUUUUUUAUUUUUUUAUUUUUUUUUUGGUGACUUUCAACUACCAUUUCCUGAUCUGUGACUUAUACUGCUUCUGGGUGAUUUUAGGACCUGCCCUGGGAGGUGAACAAUGCAGUCAGCAUUUACAUAUUUUUGCUCGUUAAACUGAGACAUUUACACAACUCUAGCAAGGCAGAGGCUCGCAUUAACAAUAAACUCUGUGCAACUAUUUACAAUUAAGUAUGUUUCUUGGUCAUAUGAGUGCUCCCUUAGCUAUGGUAUAUUGAUUUAUUUAAAGAAAAUUUCCCUUUUUUUUUUAAUCUGGCAGGGCAUCCAUAUUGAGCAAGAUUUUACAGUCAUCUGACCAACUGUUGUUCAGCCUAAUUUGCCUGUUGCUGCAAUUGCUCUGUGUGAAUCUGCAGCAGCAGGCACAUUAGGUUGUGUAGUAAGUAGUUGGUCAGGUAAGAGUAGAUUAACUCAACAUGGCUGCUCAGCCAGAUAAAAAAAAAAAAAAGUAAAUGUUUUCUCAAAAAAAAUCAGAAUGUUUCCUAAUGUAAUAGGUAUGUUCUCUUAAAUAUAAAAAUGUGAAGGGGAAAUUUGAUGCUAAUUGUAUAAAGGCCCACUAUAGUAAUUAGAACCACUACAGCUUAAUGUAGUGGUUCUGGUGUCUAUUGCAUGUCCCUGCAAUGUUAGCACUGUAAAUGCUGCUUUUUCAGAAUUUUACAACACUCAAAUUGCACUAGGAGUGAUAUAAGAAAUAUAUUUCCAUAGAAACAGCACAGUUUCUUAUAUGCAUAAUAGUUUUCUAAGCUGUCAUGAGUCAAGUUACUUUGCAUUUACAUUUAUCACACAUAUAUCAAAGUAGCUGUUGAUUUCAAACAAUCGUGAUUCAACAGUAAAUGUUAAUGAAACAUAUUUUGGACAAUUCUGAAAUGGUAUUAAUCUUAGAUACUGCUCUAAAUUGCAUUGUCUUUUAAAUGCAGGUCACCAACCGUUACCUCUCUCAACUAAAGGAUGGACACCGAAAUCACCCUUUUAUAAAAGAAUUUCAGGCAAAGGUAAUUAUAAAAAAAAACAAAUUGGUCACCAGAUUAGUCAGCUGACAGCAGCCACAUAGUGUUACAAAUUCAGCACAUGGCUAGUCUACCCCACCUCUCCCUCUUUGCAAUGCUUCUCCUAGCUCUUAAUACCUUCAUAUAACUGUUCAAUCUCCAUCUCUGUUCUUCAGGCCUCACUUCACACUCAAACUCAGUGAAGCUCUGCAUUUUUUUCCCACCCACCCAGGUUCCCCCUUAAUAUAUAACCUGCUCCUCCAGCUGUUUGAGAUUUCUCACUCAAUUACGUCUUCAUUCCAUUUAUAUUUUACCAAUAGCUGCUUCUCUCUGUUAACUCUUUUAGCCAUCACCUCAAAAUUUCCCCUGGUACCUCUUGUCUUAAAUCCACAUUGUAUCCUUUAGAUUGUAAGUUCACGGGCCAUCUAGCUAAGCACUUUGUAUAAAAGAGCUCCAAAGGCUAGAUAUCAGCUUACAGGCAGGGCUCUCUCUACCUCUUGUAUUUGUUGGUGUAUACUGUACAUUCUCAACUAAUUGUACAGCGCUGUGGAAUCUGUUGGCGCUUUAUAAAUACCAGAAAUAAAUAAAUAAAACAGAGAUUAAUAAAGAGUUACACAGCUGAAAAGAGACUUGCGUCCAUCAAGUUCAGCCUUCCUCACAUUUGUUUUAGUUUUUUUUGCGGUUGAUCCAAAAGAAUGCAAAAAAAAAACAGUUCGAAGCACUUCCAAUUUUGCAACAAACUAGGAAAAAAAUUCCUUCUUGACCCCAGAAUGGCAAUCAGAUUUACCCUUGGAUCAAGAAGCUAUUACCCUACAUUGAAAAAUGUUAUCCUUGAAUAUUCUGUUUUUGCAAGUAUGCAUCUAGUAGCUGUUUGAACAUCUGUAUGGACUAUGAAAAAAAAAAAAACACUUCUUCGGGCAGAGAAUUCCACAUCCUUAUUGUUCUUGCAGUAAAAAAAAACUUUUCUUUGCCUUAGACAAAAUCUAAGUCUGUAUGAACAAUUUUUUAACAAGUACUGUGUAAAUGGUGCAAUUGGGAAAAUGUACAUGAACAAUUAUGAAUAGUUACAGGGAACAACAGUAAUGUUUUUGCGAAGAGUGAAUUACUGUAGUUGGGAGCUUAAAUAAGAUUAAUUUGAUGUGAUUUUGGAAAUUGCUUUUAGUACGUAAUUUUCCUUUCAACGAUUGUAAUAAUAAAAUAAAUCAAACUUAAUUUUUUUUAAAUACUGUUGAUUUAGUCCAAAAAAACAUUAAAAGUUUUGCUGUCACCUUUUUUGAUAUUGAAUUAAUUGUUCCAUGUUGACCAUAUACUUAAUGUUGCUUUCAUUUCUUUUAGGAGAAUGAAUUUGACCGCCUAGUCCUGCAGUAUGCCCCCAGUGCAUGAAGCUGAUAAUGUUAUUGUAUAUUACCUUGGAGAUCCUAGCACUAAGGCAGAAUAAGGAAAUACCAAAUUCAAACUCUUCUAGUGAAAACCUUCUUCAUUGUACAUUGAGUUAUCAAAGAAAACCUCCUUAUUGAGCAGGUUUUUUUUUUCUCAGAUUAAAUAUGACAUUCGACACUUGUAAUGCUCACAUAUAAGUAGCUCUCAGGCUUCAGUAUGUAGAUCUCUGAAAAACUGCAAUGUUAUUGUACUGUCAAAUGGCCAGAAUCACUCCCCGAUAUUCUGUUCUAUUGACAUUCCUAAUAAAAGUAUUUUUAUUUCUUGA